UCGGAUUUAACACUCACAGCUGAACUCUGAUUAGAAAUUGGAAAAAAAUUCGUAGACUGAUAAAUGUGAAUGAAGAAUGUGUUUUCCAGCAGCUUUGGCACUUCCAUCACUUCCCACUCUCGAGCCGUCUUCUUCCAAUUCUACCUCUAAUUGGAGUGGAAAGGACGAAGAUCCAAAUAAGGGUCAAGCGGUGAAAUUGUCAUUACCAGCUUAUAAAUGGCGUUUUGUUAUUGCUUACGACGGUACCAGAUUCUCAGGAUGGCAGUAUCAGCAGUCAACACCUACUAUACAGUGCAUUCUGGAAGAAGCUCUGACUAAAAUAACAAAAUUAAACCGCAAAGAUCUUUGUUCAGUUGGUGCAAGUCGAACAGAUGCAGGAGUUCAUGCAUGGGGUCAGGUGGGACACUUCAUUACGCCUUUCAACUAUGAAACGUUAGAAGGCGUUCACCAAGGUUUAAAUGGUCUUCUUCCUCUUGAUAUCAGAGUUAGAGAAAUUAGCCCUGCGGUGCCUGAAUUUCAUGCUCGUUUCUCUGUCACAAGCAAGAUUUAUUGCUACCAAGUGUAUAAUUCCACUAUCAUGGACCCAUUCACGAGGCACUAUGCUUACCAUAGCACAUAUAAACUUGAUGCUGCUGUCAUGAGAGAGGCUGCAGGGCAUUUCUUGGGGAAACAUGACUUUUCUGCCUUCGCCAAUACAUCACGAAAUGACCGGGUGCCAAAUCCAGUGAAGACGAUUUUUCGCUUUGAUGUUGUUGAAAAGGGACCUCUUUUGCGGCUUGAAGUUGAAGGAUCUGGUUUCCUAUAUAGACAAGUUCGGAACAUGGUUGCUUUGCUGCUUCAAGUUGGAAGACAAGCAGUUCCACCAGAUAUUGUUGUUAGGAUUUUGGAAUCUCGUGAUAGGAAGGAACUUGCGAAGUAUGCCUUGCAAGUUCCACCUCACGGCCUUUGUCUCGAGACUAUCAACUAUAAAGAAGAACAUCUCAGACUUCCAACAGAUUCCCCUGCAAGUAGUUUUGGUAGGCACCAUAGUAUAAGCUAUUGUAAGGUGCCAUUCAUAUGACUAGUCGAUAAUUUAAAAAAUGAAAGCAUGUACAAUGAAUUCUGCCCUUUUUAACACAUCCAUAAAAAGCAUUUGCUGUCUUGGUAGCCA